UUCAAAGACUUGUAAUCCUCCUCCAUCAAUAUGUGAUCGACCUUUACCCGCACAACGUCGGUAUCUUUCGGAACACCGCAGGUACGUCAAAUGUCAGUUUUUUAAAACAAAAGCUUGUAAAGCUAGAGGAAGGAUAGAAGGCGAUCAAUUUAUUCUGUCGCGUAAUCAUAAUCAUCCAGGUAUCGCCGUUCUUAAAUUUCAUUAUGCUUUUGAGAAAGCUCUUUAUACUGUCGUGACAAAUCGCAUGUCAACGGCAUUGCGCAAAAUAUAUGAUGCGAUAAGUUUAGUGCAUCCAAUUGCUGCUAUUAGCUUGACAUGGCCCAUGAUGCAACCAAAAAUGCAAAAGUGGCGUGCUGCAUGUCGACCACGUUUUCCACGAAAUUGGCGAGAAUACGCAGAAAUUCUCAAUCAACCGCAAUGGUUCAACUAUACUGAUUACAAAUUAGGAAGACUUAUAGUUGCAGCUAUACAAGCUACUGACGGCUCAUAUGUGACAACCUUUUCAAAUCCUCAAAUGUUGGCUACUUUGAAUACAGAUAUGCUAUUUAUGGAUGCUACUUUCAAAGUUAUUCCUCUUGCACCUAAAGCUUAUCAAUUUUUCACCAUUUUGGCCUUAGUGGAUGAUACGGCAAUACCUGUUUUUUGGGCUCUAAUGGAGAGAAAAACUACAGACGGAUAUAUUGCGGCACUUACUUACUUCCAUCAAAUAUUAACUCCGCAUAUUAGGCCUGCUAUUGUCAUGACAGAUUUUGAAACUGCACUGUUACGACCCAUAAGAACAAUAUUUUCUGAAGCCACCCACAAAGGGUGUUUUUUCCAUUUUUGUCAGGCUAUCAUACACAAAUUAAAAGAUUUAAGAUUGUUCAAUUUAAUAUGGAAUUGGCGGAAUGGUCAAAUUUUAUUAAGAAAAUUUUUGGCACUUGCUCUCUUACCUGCUCAAGUAAUUGGAGUAACGUACAAUUGGCUCAUCCAGACACUGCCAAAUGAAAUCGCUAAUGCACUCAGGCCAUUUAUAGUUUAUUUUCGUCGGCAAUGGAUUAAUAUCAUAAGUUCAGAACAAUUGAGUAUUUUUGGAUUAGUUAAUCGAACAAAUAAUUAUUCCGAAGCGUAUAAUCGAGUUCUGCGCUUACGACUUGGACCUCAUCCGACAAUCUGGGACUUCACUGAACGUUUAACUAAUCUACUAUGUAUAUGUCACGUUGAAUAUAUCUCUCUAAGGAUGGGAAACGCUGUCAGACGUCGGGCUCAAAAUCAUGUAUAUGAACAGAAUGAAAAGCUACAAAAAUUAUGGUGGUUGUUUCAAGAAGGCUUUCUUAAUAACGUGCAAUUUUUGGCGUACGCUAGUCCUCUUUUACAAGCUUUCAGUGAAGCAAACAAUCCAGAUGGUCUCAACAUUUUCGGUCCAUAUGAUCAACACCAAGUUUUUGAAGAGCUAAACCUUGAUGACAUCCUUAUAGUAUGAACAGUACUAAGUACAGCGAAUAAUAGCAAUAUAUGUAAUAUUAAUAAUUUAAUAUUAUUUAU